UCUACUUUCUUAAUUAUUAAACACUGCAAAUUUUUAUAUCGCUGUGAAAAUGGGUAUGAACUAAUUAGUUUAAAUAUUUUGCAAGAUAAAUUUUUAGCAUACAAAGUUUUGCAGUCAAACUGGAAAUUGGACAUUUUCCUGUUUGUAUUGUGUCAGUUUAACUACCGUCUACGUCAUUUGAUAUUUUUGUAAGCUCAAUGGUAACAAAAUUUUGUGCCCCCGUGUUUAAGAAUAUUUCUUGAUUAAAUACGAUACCAUGGAAGCUAUAUAAUUAAUGUGUAGCUAAAUUCAGUAUUUGAACUGUGGUUAAAUUUAUGAAUAACGAUUAAAAUAUUUGGUGAGAAUAACGAAAAAAAAAAUUAAUCUUUAAAAAAGAGAAGAAAUUAUAAAAUCAGCUGUCGAUCUUAUAUAAAAAAGAAAAACAAAGAAUUUUGUUUAUGGUUGGCUAAAAAAGAAUUUAAUCAAAAGAAUAUAAACUCGGAAUAAAAAUUCGUAUAAUAUAUGUAAAAAAACAUCUGCACUCUCAAACCAGUCUUUGAGAAAAACGUAACAUGGAUAAACUUUAAAAACAAGCGUCGUCUGUGACUUGUUAUUGACUAUGGUAUAAAUUUAAAAUUUUUAACUGGUAUAAACUAAAAAUUUAAAUGGGUGCAAUAUUAACAAAUCCUGUACGAGAUUUAAAGAAUGAUAUUAAAAUUACAAAUAAUAACAACAUUCCCGAAGAAAAAAAAAAUAAUGCACCUUUUGGAAAAUUUCACAUUGUACAAGAAUGCUUUCCUUCGUUAACUGGAAAAGAAAACAAGUUUUUCAGCGAAAAGGUUCCUUCAUAUUGGAACAAAGCAAAAGUUGAUUCAAAAAAAAAGAAUAAAAACAAAGAACUAUGGACUUUACAAAAUAAGGACUCGGUAAAAGAGUCAAUUAACUCAACAUAUAUUGAGGUGCGGUCUCAAGAAAUCAAGAUUAAAUUGAACACAGCAACGGAAAAACAUUUUUAUGGCAUAUUAAACUUAAGUGAAACAUUAAAAUACAUUGGAUGCUACAUAUAUCUCCGCUGCAGGAAUAUAGAUGGACUAAAGCCAUCUAUUGUUGUUGGUUGGGUUAGAGACGUCGACAAAAGUCUUAUUCUUUCAGGAUGGCAAGAAAUGGGUUUUGUUUCACAACCAAAUAUGAUUGUUUUAUAUAUGCUUUUAAGAGAAGUAAUCCCUCCCAAGGUACGCUCUAUUCAUCAGUUAAAAGCAAUAAUGAUGAGUACACUUUAUAUAUGUUAUUCAUAUAACGGACAUGAAAUAAGUUAUCCACUAAAACCUUUUCUUCUUGAUGGCGAUCGUUCAGGGUUUUGGACAAGAUGUAUAGAAAUAAUAAAUCUUCAUUCAAGCAAACUCUUGCAAGUUAAUAAGGAUGCUAAAUAUUAUAAUGACGUUCAAGCAGAAUUAAAAACGUUUGGUCGUAGUUUAGAACGUAAAGAAAAUUAAAUACAGCAAUGUCAUAAACAUUUGGGCAUAAAUUAGAGUAAAACUGAUAUCAUAAAACGACGUUCAAUAAAUUGAACCGCUUCUUAUAAAAAAAUUUCACCUCAUGCGUUUAAAAAACCAUUUGUCACGAAUUCAUUAAAAACAACAUUGAGGUUGCUAUUUUUUACUCAAAAUCCUGGCACAAGAUAGUUUGUAACAGAUACUAAAAAGCCUGGCACAAGAUAACUUGUAACAGAUACUAAAAAAUAUUUGCGUUGCAGUUGGGUAUACUGCCUACGAAUUAUUUAUAGUAACAAUCAAUUUUUUUAAAAAAAUUUUUUAACAAAAUUUUUUAUUUUAAAAUUAAUAAAUGUGUUCAAGUACCUUUGUACAUGUUAUGUUUUUGUACAUGUUAUGUUUUUCUUAAUAAAACUUACUAAAUUGUUUUUA